AUGAGGGGACUUGUUGCAGCGCUGUUGGCUUCCGUGACGCCGGCCGUUGCCGCCGCCGUCGUUCCAGCUGGGAACCUGAUCCGUCGACAGUGGGAGAGCGAUGCUACUGUUGCUUUGCCUGCCUCUUCUUCAGUACUUGAUACGUUGUCCACCUCUUCUUCCUACGCCGAAGAUCCGCCCUCUUCUUCCUACACCGAUGAACCGCCCUCUUACUCCUACACCGAAGAGCCGUCUUCAUCCUCCACCGACGAAAUAUCCUCCCCCUACACCGACGAACUUAUCUCUUCCACCUCCACCGAAGAACUACCCUCUUCUUCCUACACCGAAGAACCGCUCUCUUCCACUUCCACCGAAGAACUUCCCUCUUCCACCUCCACCUCAGAACCAUCGUCCCCACCCUCUUCCGCCGCCGCCGCCGACGACCUCUGGCCGCCCUCCCCAUCCACCUCGACAACCUCCUCAUCAGCCCCCCCGGACACCCCCAACGACGCCCCCACCUGCUCCCCACUCACCCCGACCUACCCCUCCACCUGGUGGUACGCCGACCACCUCUCCACCCCCCCGGACAGCAGCAGCGGCGGCACAUCCCCCUUCCUCUCCACCCCCCUCAACGCCAGCUACCCCAUCCACCGCAACGUCGUCCUCAGCUACGGCGCCGACCCCACCGGCACCCGCCCUUCCUCGUCCGCCAUCCAAGCCGCCCUCGACGACGGGGGCACCAUCCACUUCGACGGUAGCGGUAGUAGCAGCUACUCGUUCCCCUACCCCAACCUGCGCAACACGACCGGCCGCGGCCCGUCCUUCGGCAGCACCCUCACGCCGGCCGUCGUGUACGUCCCGCCCGGGCGCUACCUGCUCGACGCGCCGCUGCAGCUGUGGGUCGGGACGGUGCUGGUGGGCGAUGCGGUGGAGCCGCCGGUGCUGGUCGUGGCGGCGGAUUUCGGUGCUGCGGCGGAGGCGGCGGGGAUGACCACCACCGAGGACGUGAAGGAUAGGGAUGAGGACGGCGGGGAUGAGGAAGAGAUUGGAGAGGGAGGACCGCUGUACGUGAUUCGCGGCAAGGAACCGGGAUUGCCGGCGACGGAUGGGUUUUUCGUGGGGUUAAGGGACGUGGUUGUGGAUUCGAGGGGGUAUGCGGGAGAGGUGGAGGAGUUGGUGUUGGUGGAGUGGACGGUGAGUCAGGGGACGCAGUUGGCUGGGGUGAGGUUUGAGAUGCCCAAGGGGGGAAGGCAUGUUGGGAUGAGUACGAAGCUUGACUACAACAGCAACAUCAUCUUGAACGAUCUUUCGUUCAAUGGUGGUGCCGUAGGGAUGGACUUGAGCGGACAGCAGUGGCUGGUCAAGUCGGUGACUUUCAAUGGGUGUGGGAUUGGAGCCAUCGUGGAUUGUUAUGACUGUGUUUUCCUUGAUAUCAACUGCAUCGGAGUCGGCAUUUGCCUCGAUGGAAGCCAGACGUCAGGGAGCCUCACGGUUAUCGACAGCUAUACUGCCAACUCAGGCACGUUUGUGUCCAGCUACGCGUCGGUAGAUGGCAAUAACCAGCUCGUCCUCGAGAACAUCCAAAGCGACGGCGACACUGUCACCUUAAGCGGCGACGUUGCCGUAAGGGGAAAUGUGCCAUUUACCUGGAUUCGCGGUCAAGUUUACACGCAGGGCAACCCUUAUCCCUCACACCAGCAAGGUGCCUUGGUCUAUACGCCUCGCUCCUCCACCCUGACCAGCAGUCGCAACUACUUUGUGAUGAGGCCACCGACAUACCGCGAGUACGAUAGCUCGCAGGUCCUCAAUAUCAAGACUGUCCCGGAAUACCUCGUGUACGGCGACGGCUAUACCGACGACACGGACUCCAUCAAUGCAAUCCUGACGCAGUAUGCCGGAUGUAAGGUCAUAUACAUUCCCGCAGGCACUUACGUCGUCAGCAACACGAUCUUUGUGCCGGGCGGGACUCGCAUCUACGGCGACGCCUACGCCUCCGUCAUCAGCGCCAAGGGCGCCACCUUCUCCAACCCCAACAUCCCCAUACCGAUGGUCCAGGUCGGGGCACCGGGCGAAGUCGGCGUGGCGCAGAUUGUCGACAUGAUGUUCUCCGUCGCCGAGGUGCUGCCAGGCUGCAAGCUCGUCGAGGUGAACAUGGCGGGCGAUCAGUUCGGUGAUGUCGCACUGAUCAACUCGCACAUGCGCGUCGGCGGCGCCGCCGGGUCGGCCGUUGAAUACGACUGCGAAGACGAUUCGCCGUGCCGGGCCGCAUGGGGCUUAGUCCACCUAACGGCGUGGUCGAGCGCGUACGUCGAGAACAUGUGGGGCUGGACGGCGGACCACGACUUGGACAGAGUAUACACCCAGAACGUUGCUACGGGCAGGGGGUUGUUGGUCGAGGCAACCAAAGGUACGUGGCUUGUCGGCACGUCGAUGGAGCACAACACGCUCUACCAGUACAACUUCAACGGCGCCGAGAACGUCUUCGCUGCGAUGCAACAGUCGGAGACGCCGUAUUGGCAGGGGGUGGAUUCCGGGACCGUCGCACCUUAUCCGUGGACGGAUGCAUUGCAGGCCAGCGAUCCGGACUUUUCGCACUGCGAUGCCUCCAGUGGAGGGUAUUGUGGAGCGGCCUUGUUCGAGAGGAUCGCGCAGAGCAAGAGCCUUUUCUUGUAUGGCGGCUGCCUUUGGACUUUUUUCACUGGUGGAAACGAAAGCGAGAAAUGCGACUACGAUUGCCAGCAGGAGGCGAUUGACAUAGAUAACGCUUCGAGCGGUAUCUAUCUAUACGGCACAAACGUGCAUAAAGUGACGAAUAUGGUUAGGAGCGGGGGAUGGAGCAUUGCGGGUCAGAGCAUGAACAAAGGCGGCUGGGGUGGCGUGGUUGCGGCUUACCUGUACAACUCUUGA